GCAUAGUCCAAGUGUACAUGGGUUAGGGUGGGACUCUCAUGGUCUUGACCUGGUCAUUUUAACCUCUGGUGUGUUCACCAAAGAGCCAGGUCCCCAGUGGGACCAGGCGUAGAGGCAGCAUCCCGCUGUGAAGUGGUCUGCCUGAGGCUUGUUGAGCCAUAAUAGGCGGGAUUGGGGCCUCCCAGACUCCUUUCUGCUUACAGAGCUCAACUCAGCUUUACCCCCAUUUAACCCUCCAGCCUCUGGUGCCGGCACCUGUCAGGUCCUGCAGCCCAGGUCCCAGCAUCGGAACAGUGAGUCUCAUGGGUGACCCAGGGUGUGACGGCGGGAAAGGGUGACAGGAUGCAAUUCCACCAUAAAAGGACAUGAUGGUGUGACUGAGCUGGGAGCUUUGGGGAAAACCCAAGCCACCUAUGUGUCAAAAGGCAACAAAAAGAUGAGGCAAACGUUUGCGUGAGUAUUUUUUACUAUCAUUCUCAGGACCUCGCACUCCUGUGGCCUCUGAGAUAGUGGCGUCCUGUCACUGUUCAGCCACUCCACUAGCCCUGGGACUGGGGGACUUUAAAGAGUCACCUAGCCCGGAAUCUGAAGUCCAGGUCUAGGGUUAUAUGAGUGGUCCCUGAUUUUGGAAAUGGAUCUGAAUGGCCCCUCCAUGCAAAGAUUCUAGAAUGUGCCAGGGCGUGGAGUGAAGACUGGGCUGCUUCAGGAACCGGCAGAUGUAUAUUUUUAUAAAAUAGGAACUGGAAACAGCGGGACAGGAGUUGGGUCUAGAAGAGCAUUAUGACAACUUGGGUGUCUCUUCUGCAGGUGAGGGGAUCAUGGGGGUAUUGGAGCAGUGGAGGCAGGUGACCUGACCCAGGUCUCAUUAGACGCCCUGUGGCUGCAGCAUGAUGCACAAUGUGGGUGAGAGGGAGGUGGUGGAAAGACUAGGACAGAAGCUGGUGUGAGUCUUGUUGAGUGUGAUGGUAUCUGGCCCAUGAUGGUGGCCCUGGAGAUGGAAUAAGCAGUUGGAUGUGGGAUCUGUGUUUUAGGUGUGGCCACCUGGAUUUUCUAAUUUUGAGGAUGAGAGGGAGAGGUAAGAGUCAGAGAUGACAUGCAGGUUUGGAUUUAGCAGCUGAAGGAAUGCUUCCAUUCCUAUGUGUCAUGACCAGGAAUAGAACAGUGACCUCCUGGUUUAUAGGUUGAUGCUUAACCCUCGCCCACACCAUCUGGGCUAUAUUCUUUCUAAAAUAUUUUUAAAUGUAUUUUUUAUUGUUGAAGGUGUCACAGAUGUCUCCUAUUUCCCCUCUGUAUAUGUUCUUUGGGGGAUCUCUCCCAGUCCCUCCAUCCCCUCCCCUGGGACAUCUGUCAGUCUGUCCCACUUAUAACCAGGCCCCUGGGCCCAUCUUGUCCUUCCCCAGGGACACGUGGUACCACACCACCUUUAUUCACCAAGGUCAUUGGCUGGCCUCCAGCCCUCCCCUGGACGUUUGAGCAAACUACAUUACCCAGAAAGCAUUGCGCACAAGUCCGCAGAGACAAAGACUUCUGCUGCCUGCUAAUCCUGUUAAGGCGGGACUUCCUGCUUCCUCCUCGUGGCGGUCAUUUUGACCUUUUUGGUGCGUUCACUGAGUCUCAGGACUCAGGUGGGGGGAUCAGAGGCUUGUUGAGCCCUGUGGGGUGGGCCUCCGAGCCUCCCCGACUCCCCUCCGCCGACUGAAUUCACUCCGGUCACCUGAUUGGGCCCUCCAGCCUCAGGUGGGGGCGCCUCACAGGUCCCGCCGCCCAGGGCGCAGCGUCCAGCGCAGAUAUGAACUUUGAGGACGUGGCCAUUGCCUUCUCUCAGGAGGAGUGGGGUCUCCUUGAUGAGGCUCAGAGACAUCUGUACUGUGAUGUGAUGCUGGAAGUGUUUGCACUGGUUUCAUUCGUAGAUUGUUGGCAUAAAAUGGAUGAUGAGGAGGCCUGUUCUGAGCACAGUGAAUCUGUACAAGGAGAGUCACAGGUCAGGGCUUCUGAGACAGAGCCAGGAACCCAGAGGACCCAUGUGUGUAAGCGCUGUGUGUCUGUGUUAAAAGACAUUCUGCACCUGACUGCGUCGCAAGCAGCAGACUUUGAGCAGAAAGCCUUCUUCAGGGACGCAUGUGUGAGAGACUUCUGUUUCAGUGCAAACCCUCACCAGCAGCCGGGGGAAGCCAGUGGAGAGAAGCCCUGGAAAGAAGCUAUGGACAGGGCCUCGUUUGUGACCAGAUGCAGCUUCUACUUAUCUUGGGUGCUUUCAACCAGUAGGGAAGUUGGGGAAGACUUGCCCACGAUCUCAGACCUUCUCCAGCACCAGGCCCCUCUCAACACUGGAGAGCCACACAGUGACAGUGAGAUUUCACAGGAAUUUCUCAGUGGAAAUAGUCAUUCUGAUUGGGGUGAAUGUGACAGAACUGCCAGCCACAACCAGAAAGUUGUUCAGCAUGAGGGUAACUGCUCUGAAGAAGUAAAUUAUGUGUGUAGCGAAUGUGGGAAUGUUUUUAGAGGAAUUUUUAACCUUACGCAACAUAAGAGAGAGCACACUGGAGAAAAGCCCUAUGAGUGUAGUGAAAGUGGGAAGUCAUUCAGGCAAACCUCUGCUGUCAUUGAACAUCAGAGGGUUCACACUGGAGAAAAAACCUAUGAAUGUACUGUUUGUGGGAGGGCCUUCCGAAAAAGAUCUCACCUCAUUAAACACCUCAGAAUUCACACUGGAGAAAAGCCCUAUGAGUGUAGUGAUUGCGGGAAAUGCUUCAGGGAAAGUAGUACUCUUGUUCAACACCAGAGAGUUCACACUGGAGAAAAGCCGUAUGAAUGUACUCUUUGUGGAAAGUCCUUCAUACAAAGGUCUAUCCUCACUAAACACUACAGAAUUCACACUGGAGAAAAGCCAUAUGAGUGCAGUGAUUGUGGGAAGUCAUUCAAGCAAAUCUCGGCUCUCAGUGUGCAUCAGAGAGUUCACACUGGUGAAAAGCCAUAUGAGUGUAGUGAUUGUGGAAAGUUCUUCAAUGUGAGCUCUGCUCUCAAUACACACCACAGAGUUCACACCGGAGAAAAGCCAUAUGAGUGUAGUGAUUGUGGCAAGUCAUUCAGGCAAAUCUCCCAUCUC